CCUCUCAGGCAGGCAUUAGGCAGAUAUGAUAGGUACUCGUCCAGUCAAAGGAGUCAAAUGAUACUCGUCCAGUCAAGCUCUACAGAAAACAAUUGAUAAAGAAACGUAAAUGGAAUCUGUGAAACGCCACAUGAGUUCACACCGAGCAAUAAGUCUUCAAACCAUCUCUCUUGUCUGUGUGAGCUGCAUCGUCAUGGCUAAAACAGUCGAUUCUACUAGCACAAUCAGUGGCACAAACUUCCACCAUCAGGACUCAGUGUGCAGGGAUGACUUUUUGAUUAUUCAACCAGGUAGGUCUACUAAUUUUGUACUGAGCACUCAUGCCAUAAACAACACCAAAGGAGUUGGAGUGUUUGACAAGAAGGUGACACGACAUGAGAUGUUCAGAUUUGAAUUGUACGGCUCUUCGGACGAGCAGUGGGUGAUACGCACAUUCGAUAGAAGCCACCUGGCAGUCGACUCCAAAGGAAAUCUGAUGGUAGAGACUGGAUGUGUCAAGACAACAUUCCUUCGCCAUGUUGAUGCAGAACACCUUAAUGACUGUUUCAACGGUGUCCAAUGCCUCAUGCUGCUCUGCGCUACCUCCACAGACCCCAAAACAGCCACAUUCAUUGUCUCUCCUACCAACCAUGCUACUCACCAGCUCAACAACGGAGACUGCAUGUCAUACAAAUCAUUCCAAGCAAUACAACAAAGCCUCACAAAGCCUACAUUCAACAUCACCAACUACCAAUUCAACUUUCUCACUGCCGGUAAUCACACAGACAUGAUCAGCCAGGGUCUCAAGAAACUCUGUCCCAGACCCUUCGAUCCAAGCGGACAAGCACAGAAUGACAUUUGUCCUAACAAGUAAGAGUCGACACGAUAUCAACAAUUUCAAACACAAAUUAAUCGUUUUCGUCCAAAGAUGUGUUUACAUUUGAUCACCUGGAAUUUAAUCAGGCAAAUCUAGUUGUGUGAGAGAAAGUGAAAUAAAGAGUGCUCAUCAUAAAA